AUGAAGCCUCUCCCACCCCAUCGCUGGCCGGGACCCUUUGAUCGUCACCAUGCCUUGCGUAUCUCCAAAGUCGUGGAAUACGCGCGUCAUGAUCGCCAGGCACUUCGACAGCUCUCUCAACUGCAGAGAGGCCACGCAAUGGCAGCAGUGGCGAAAGCAAAAUCCCCGAGCAUGGUAACCAAAGACUUCGUCGUCUUUGCUAGCCCCACGUCAGGACUGCGACUCGUUGGCCAAGCUACGUCGAUCUCAAAUUCUACAAAUGCCUUCUUGCAUCGCAACGCUGUCGUCGCAACAACCCGUUGGCAAGCGGCAAAUCGAACGGUUGGCAUGAUCGUGGCUCGGUCAACCACGCGAGUGGCUGCUGUCAGAACAACCCGCGCCCUACAUACCUCGAGCGCCACCGCUACCACGAUGACCACACCCCCCGCGGCUACGAUAUCGACCAGUACCAGUUCUUCAUUAUCAGCCAUCAAUAAUGUUCUGGAAUCCGUGCCGAGUCUGAGCAAGAAAAAGGCAGCGUUGCUAGAUCCCGAGUCGGAUGAAGAUGUGCCUGCAGAGGUUGAGGAGGUCAAGGAAGCUUUAGAGCGACCCCCUCCGGUGAAUAGUGAUUACCUGCCACUGCCCUGGAAAGGCAGAUUAGGCUACGCCUGUCUCUGCACCUACCUACGAUACGCCAAUCCACCAGUCUUUAGUUCCCGAACAUGUCGGAUAGCGUCGAUACUAGAAAAUCGACAUCCAUUACAAGACCCCUCGCAACCGUUCCAUGCGACCAAGAACCGGCCCGAUCGCAAACAACCCGCGGACCAUGCGCGCGGACAAGCGUACGUCGAGGCGCUGGGGUUAGCGAACGCGCGGGAUAUCGUAAAGAUGCUGCGAUGGAAUGAUAAAUAUGGAAUCAAAUUUCUGCGACUGAGUAGCGAGAUGUUCCCCUUUGCGAGCCAUGAGAUAUAUGGAUAUAAAUUGGCGCCGUUUGCUUCGGAGGUGUUGGCUGAGGCUGGACGAGUGGCUGCUGAGUUGGGCCAUCGGUUAACGAUGCAUCCGGGUCAGUUCACUCAAUUGGGAUCACCCCGGAAAGAAGUCAUUGAAAGCUCUAUUCGAGAUCUUGAAUUUCAUUCCGAGCUGCUACGACUACUCAAACUACCCCCACAACAGAACCGAGACGCCGUCAUGAUUCUACACAUGGGCGGCGUUUUUGGCGACAAGGCAGCAACCUUGGACAGAUUUCGCGAGAACUACAAAGGUUUGUCGCAAGAUAUCAAAAACCGUAUUGUGCUUGAAAACGACGACGUCAGCUGGUCCGUUCACGACCUACUGCCAAUAUGCGAAGAACUGAAUAUCCCGCUUGUCCUCGACUAUCACCAUCACAAUAUCAUAUUCGACUCGGAUAAACUCCGCGAGGGAACCCUCGAUAUCAUGCAACUCUACGACCGGAUACGUGCAACAUGGACCCGAAAGGGCAUAACCCAGAAAAUGCACUACUCCGAACCAGAGCCUACAGCAAUCACGCCUCGGCAACGACGCAAACAUAACACUCGAGUAUACAACUUACCACCCUGCGAUCCCACAAUGGAUCUUAUGAUCGAAGCCAAGGACAAAGAGCAAGCCGUUUUUGAAUUAAUGCGCAAAUACAAGUUACCAGGCCACGAACUGAUUGGCGAGCUGGUACCACACGUCCGCGAAGAUGAGAAUAAGCCGUGGAAACCGCCAAAAAAGACGAAAAAGUCUGGCGAUUUUAUUGAUUUGGCGCAGUUGACGCCGCCAUCGCCGAGUAUCCCGUUGGAGGAGGUUGGUAUGGGAGGACCGGAGAGGCAGGUAUAUUGGCCUCCCGGUUGUGAGGAGUGGCUGAGGCCGAAGAAGUCACCUUCUAAGACGAAGGCGAAAAUGAAAGAUUCGCCAAAGGCUAAGAAAGCCACGAAGAAGGCCACGAAGAAAGCGACACCUAGAAAGCGGAGAAAAUCCGAAGCGAGUAUCGAGUCCACUUCAAGCUCUGAAAACAAUUCAGAAGGCGCACAGAGCAAGUCUUCUGAUCCUUCGUCUGAUCCGUCACCUACACUAUCUACUACGACGUCUACACCGACACGUCGCAGCCGACGAGCGAAAAAGGUCAACUACGCAGAAGAUGAUUCUGCUUAG